AUGUCCGACGGCGAGGACUAUGGCUCCCCUGAAGCCAUCCAGCCCAAUGGCGCCAGCAAUGGACGCCAACACACGCCCUCCCACCGCAAGGGCCCACGCUUCAGCUGGACCCCGGCGUACGAGGCCACCUUCUUCCGGUCGCUUUGCGAGAGCGUCAAGAUGGGCCUCAAGGACAACCAUAGCUUCAAGCAGGAGGCAUGGGACCGCGCCGUGCAGGCCCUCGCCGAGCGACACGCUGCCUAUCCGAACAAAGGGCAUCUCAUCAACAAGAGCGACAAUGCGCGCAAGAAGUUCCGCCUGUGGAGGGGCCUGAGGGAGGACCCGGAUUUCCUAUACAAUCCUAAUGCGAGGACGGUGACUGCAAGCGAGGAGGCCUGGAGGGCGCACAUCGAGAGAGAGCCCCUUUCGAAAUCAUUGCGCAACCGUCCGUUCGAGCAUGAAGAGUACAUGGAGAUCCUCUUCCCAGACGUUGUAGGGUCCGGAGGAGCACCGAAGCGAAUUACGAAGCCGCGGCGCAAGGGAACAGACUCGAUGAUCGAGGGAGACGAGAUUGACGACACCCCCGGAACCAACGUCCUGAAUCUCCUGGGCGCGGACACCUCCUUGUUUCAAUCUACGCCCAUCCAAACACCGAUCCAGCCGCCAACAGUGCCAUCCAACGGCACCGUACGACCGACCUCAACCACACUGCCGGCGCGCACCUCGAUCGCCUCUUCGAGUGCGCUGACCCCUCCGGACGAGGUGCCUGUCGAGCCCGCCCAGAGUGGAAACACGCGUAAGCGCUAUCUUGGAUCCAACAACGGCGCCGGUCCGUCCAAUACUGGCGAGAAGCGCCGCCGCACCGCCAACAACAAUUAUAUCGACCUGACUCACUCGGCACAGCUGUCCAACUCGGACAACCCGUUCCAGCUUGGCAGCAACGGCGCUGCCCCGACCACCAACGGCCACGUCAACAACACUAAUAAUAACGGCGCCAGCAGUAGCAGCAGUAAUAACAACAACAACCAACAGCUCGCCCAGCAAAAUCUCCACAAUGCGACCACCGCGACGACGACGAACGGCGUCGGGGGCGGCGGCAGCAGCGGCAGUAACAACCCAGGCGCCACGAACCGCACACAGCACUUCCAGGACGCGAUGAUCGUCAUCGCCGAGCAGAUCCGCGCGCAGCGGCUCGUCCCCGCGCAGCCGGCGGCGCCCAACUGGCCGCAGCAGGCGAUGGAGGUGUUCUUCCGGGACUUUGGCGACGAGGAGAUGGACCUGCAGAUCAAGAUCGGCGAGAAGGUGCUGUGCGACAACAACAAGGCCAUGAUGUUCUGCAUGAUGCCCGAGGACCUGCGCCGGCACUGGGUCAAGCGGCUGCGCGAGCUGCACAACCUCAACGGGGGCUCCUCGAGGGGCGACAUCAACGUGCCGGGCCCCGGUGGCGGUCCCGUGCCCGGUGGUGGCGGCGGGGGCAUGAUGGCUGUCGUGGGCGGGCCCGGGAUGCAGAUGGGUGGCCCCAUGGGGAACCAGAACCCCAUGAUGCGGAACGGCAGUCAGAUCGGCUGA